CACGCGCGGCAAGUGGGGAGCCCACAUACCCCCUGCACUACAGGUACCACCUGCCACCCCGCGUACCCAGGGCACCCCAAUGCACCCCAGAAUCCAAUGCACCCCACCCACUCCAAGCAUUCCGUGCAUCCCACGUGCCCAGGGUAGCCCAAGCUCCCCAUGGAAUCCAUGCAUCCCGUGUACCCCCCAUGCACCUCAGUACCCCAAAUUCCUUCUGUACCCCUCGCAGCCCGGGCACCCCCCCGCACACCCAGCCCCGCCAUUCUGUGUGUUUUUUGGCAGUGAUUCCUCCUGGUGGGCAGGACUGACGGUGGAAUUAGGGACUUCUUUCCUCAUGGGAACUGCGCACACACCCCGAAAACCCAGACCACACCCCCUUGCAAGCAGAAAGUGACUGUAACAUUUGGGGGAGCCCUAGUGCUGAUGGGGGAGCCCUACAGGCAAAUUUCAGGGGAUUUAAAACUUCGGAGAGCACUUUGGGGGGACCCUGUAAAUUUUGGGGAGUAUAACUUUGUGAGGAGCUCUGCGACGUUUGAAGAACCCCUGUAACUUAUCGGCAGCCCUAUAAUUUGGCGGGGAACAUCACUUUUGCGCGAAUUCCCCAAAUUUUAAUGCUGCCAGUUCCACCCCGGCUCCGCUGGGAUCCGAGGGCUGGCCGGAGGAUCCGCCGUCGCGCCAGGACCCGGCCAGCCACGAGGCGAUGCUGCGGGUGCUGGACGCGGGGCUGGAGCGCUGCCUGGCGCUGCACUCGGCCGUGCAGUGCAUCCCCGUGCCCCGGCACAGGAAGCUCUCGGGCAAGGCGGGCAUUGACGAGGUGAUGGCAGCCGCGGUGCUCACCAGCCUCUCCGCCAGCCCGCUGGUGCUCGGGCACCCACCGCCCACUCAUGCCCCAGAGCCCAGCAGUGAGGUCUGGAAGGAGGCUCCUGCCAUGUCCUCCAGCUGCAGCAGCAGCAGUAACACCAGUGGGGACUGGAGCUGGGACCCCUCCAGCGACCGAUCCACCCCCUCCACCCCGUCACCCCCUCUCUGCAGCCACGUCCCCAGCACCUUCCUGCCUGGCCCACUGCCGGAUGAGGGCCCUGAUGAGCCCGAUGGCACCCACUUUAUCUUUGGAGAGCCCACCCCACGGAAGAGGAAGAAUUCCACCAAGGUGAUGUUCAAGUGCUUGUGGAAGAGCUGUGGCAAAGUCCUCAGCAGCUCCUCAGGGAUGCAGAAGCACAUCCGAACCAUGCACCUUGGCCGGAAAGCCGACCUGGAGCAGAGCGAUGGCGAGGAGGAUUUCUACUACACGGAGCUGGACGUGGACGUGGACGCGCUGACCGACGGGCUCUCCAGCCUCACCCCGGUCUCUCCCACCUCCUCGGUGCCUCCCGCCUUUCCCGGCCCCGAGGCUCCUCCACCACCAGUGCUGCCCAUCCUCGACCUGGCCCUGGCCUCCCCCUGCAGCCCCCCGGGGCCCCCCGGCCGCUGCCAUGUCCACACUGACCACGCGUACCAGGGCUGCCGGACCCCCCCACGGCCACCGGUGUCCCCCACUAUCCCCACCCCACCCCCACCCAAGCCACCGGCCGUGCCCAGGCGGCCGCGGGGCGAGGCCAAGAAGUGCCGCAAGGUGUACGGCAUGGAGCACCGGGAGAUGUGGUGCACGGCGUGCCGCUGGAAGAAGGCGUGCCAGCGCUUCCUCGACUGACGGAGCCCCGCCGCUCCCUCCUUCUUGCACAUUUUGCACUCGAGGUGCCUUCGCGCCCCCCCGGCCGCGCCCCCGGACUCAGGGAACGGCCCCCCAAAAAGCUUUAUGCACACACACAGCCCCCCCGGCACGGAGCUUGUCCCCACCCCCCGCCUUGUUUUCCCUUUGAAAAUAAGCUAAAUCCAACAGCCCCACCCCGCUCCUUGCCGGCGGGGGCUGGCAGGGGGUGUCUGGCUGCUCCCAGCCCCCUCCCCACUCCGGUUUGGGGACCCCCACAUGGCUCGAAUAAGCUGUGCCCGUGGCUGGCAGGGGCUCAGAAAAGGGGGUGUCUGUUCCUGCCCCCCGCCUGCUCCCGGGGGGCAGCCCCAGUGCCCAGGGCAGAGGUGGGCGCCUGCCCCCCCCCGCCCCCCAGGGGGGUUUUUACUCUUUGUAAAGUCAUUUCUCUCUCUCGUUUUGGGGAGCCCCCGCCGGGGCCAUGCCCCGGGAAGUGCCUGCAGGAAUGCGCCGAUUUGCACUAAGCCAAACUGCACAAAGAGGGGUCUUUUCGUUUUCCUUUCAUUUUUUUUUUCCUUCGUGUGGUUUUUAUUUUUUAAAUAAAAUAUAUGAAAAUUCGUAUUUUUACCUACUCCCUCCCACAGCACGAGAGCGCGCGGGCCGCGGCAGCGGGGUGCCUCCAGCCCUGGGCGGGUUUCAAGGGGUUUCAUUCACUUAAAACCCCCUUUUUACCCCAAAAAAAACCCCUGUUUUCCCUUCAAAACCUGUUCUCCCCUCUUGUCCUGUCAUCCUCCAGCCCAGGCAGCAGCUGGGGUUUGGCCAGGCUGUGCCACCCCGCUCCUCCCCCAUUAAGGGAGGGGACAGGGAGGGGUGGUGGCCCUGCCACCCUCCUGCCCUAUGGGAAGGCUGGUGCUGUGCCCUCCCUUAUCCCCUCUGGGGAUGUGAUGGUCAGAUCCAAAAGAAAAAAAAAAUAAAUAUUUGGAUUUUUUUAAUGA